UCAAUUUAUUAUAUAAUUUAUUUAUUGUUGCAUAAACCUAUAUUAUGCAUUUGUUUUAAUUGAUAUACGCAAAAAUAAAAUACCAUAUGAAAAAGAAUGCAACGCGAAGCAAAGAUUUUUACAAGAAAAAUCUCAGAUAAGAGAAAUGAAUUAGACGAUGAACAUGUUAAGUCCAAAAAUAAAAUUUUAGAAGCUUUAGAACAGGUACAAAAUUAUGAUACAAAUCAAAACUCUUAUGAUUCUGAUCGUACUUAUUUUAGUGUCACGCAUACAGAUGAAGAAAUAUGUUCACCUGUAUUAGAAGACUUAUUAAUAGAAUUAAAUAUAUUAAGACUGGAAAAACAAUUGUAUGCAGAAAAAAACGAUUUAUUUCUCUCAAUUUGUUCUUAUUGUAAACAUAUUUUUGAAAUAUCAAAGAAUUUGAUGAAAUCAGUGGAUGAUAUAACUCUUAGUCCACUAAUAAAAUGCAAAGCAGAUUUAAGUUUUCUUCAAGCUAUAGUUUGGUUAAAAUCAGUUGCAAUAAGAAUGCAUGAAAUUCCUGUUGAAGAAUAUAACAUGAUAUUCAAUGUAUCUACGAAAAUUCCUAAGCAUAAUGUUGUACAAUCUUUGUCACAUAUAAAUGGUAUUCAUUUAAAUGGUAUUCAUUUAAUUGUUUAUUCUAUUUUAUCUUCUUUUUAUGCUUGUUUGUUUCAAUUUUAAAAAG